UUAGUAAGUUAAAAAGCUGGACGUAUGAGUUGUCCCAAAAUUCAAGUGUUCUCUCCCCGCAUCUGGCUUUCAAGGAUUUAAUUAGCCAUUCUGCUAGUUGUUUCAUUUUAUCCUCCUCUGAAAGUUUUAGAUCCAACUGAGCAGUUCCUUCCUCCAUUUCUAAAUCUUCUGUUAUUGCUGAGGAGUCCACCUUCAUCGACGCUGGACCAAAAGCUUCUUGGAACGGAUUGUCUUCUAAUUCUGUUAUUUUCUUCUUUGCCUCUAUGUGUUCUUUGGUUGGAGGAUCCUUCUCCUUAUCCUGUGCUUGAAUUAUGUUCAUCUGUUAUGUCACCAUUUCCUCCUUAUUAACCGAUGAUUGUGAACUGUCCAAGGGAUAUCUCACAGACUACAUGGUGAGCCUUCCCUUAUGUGUGAUGGGGCGUAUUCUUUGUACGAACGAAGAAAUCAUGACACUGGUGCCACUUGUGGAUUCACCUCCUUGGAAACGAAAGCGAAAAGUAGGGGACAAGGUCGUGGGAGAGAAAUUCGCUGAUGGACGGUGGAUUCCAAUUCCCCCUGAUGAAAAGCUCAAGCUGACAAAGUUAGAUGCCCAGGUCUGGCUUGCCCUCUAUAACUUGAUGGUGGAGCCAAAAUGCCGUGCAAAAUACCGCUAUGAUGACUUUCGGAAGGAGACCGUUCAAAAGGUAUUUGCUAUUUAAAGUUCAGAUUACUUCAGGUCAUUUCAGUUUUCCUGCCCAACCAAUUC